AUGAGAUCAUCAACAUUCUCAGGUCAGUCAUUCUGGGUGGUAGGUCACGAGGAGGAGAUGAAGUCACAAGUUGAACAAAAGAUCCGAGACAAUGGCGGUCUGAUCUGUCCCAUCCUUCAAAUGGCAACUAGAAUCAUCAUCAUCGAACCGGAUAUCAAGAGUUUCAGGAAAAGCCACAUUCCCGAGGCUUUCAAAGCCAUCGAGGAAGCUGAGGGAAUGAACACUUUUACAGCAACUGUAUUCCACUGGCAGAAGAUUGGGUGGAAAGAUCAGUAG